AUGCCCGCGUGCUUCGACGACUUGUUUGGCGGAAAGAGACUCGACGUGAAAAUAUCCGCAAUAGAUGACGUGGCAGCCCGAGACACUUCAGCAGCCGCCCAGAUAUGGCUCCACCCUGCAGCGAUGACGGCUGAUGACGUGGCCGCGGGCGACAUGGUCGCGGUGGUGUGCAGCGAUUCCCAUUCCGCGCAGCCAAUCCCGCCGCUCCAGUUGGCACAGGAGGCUCUACAGCUGGCAACACCUGAUUGGACGCAGCGUCCUGAUUGGCCGGCAAUCGCCGCCCGAUUACCCGGGCUGUACUGCGCGUUGGCCACCGUGUGGCCGGCGCCGAAGAUUCCCAAAUCCUGCUGCCGCCUCUCUUGGCAGCUAGCGGACAGCCUAGGCCGCCCGGAGGAAAGCACGCGCCUUUAUGUCUUCACUCUCAAGGCUGGACGGCAACAGAAUCUGAGCCUAAGUUCCCCACAAGCGCAUGGUGAACAGGCGGUCGUGCAGCCAAUCCCAUGCAGACAGCUGGCGCUGACGUGGCUGGAGCCACUGGAUUGCAGUGCUAGUGCCGAUGUGGACAGGUCAGCAGCAGUAGGUGGGGAGGGAGAAGGAACGAAAUCAGGAGCAGGAGGAGUGUCGCAGAAAACUCCAAUACGGGGAGUGACAGGCGCAGCAACACAGGCAGCACCAGGAGCAGCAGCAGGAGCAGCAGCAACCUCGCUCACCUCUCCUGACAGAGGCGCGGGCACAGCAGCAAGUGCAGCAACAGAUGCAACAGCAGCAGCAGCGAGAAUCCCUCUGCCGCCGUUCCUACUCACUCCUGCGGCCACCCUUAUUGGAGCGAGGGAGAGGGAAGGAGAGAGUGGCAGCUGCAGUGGAGAAGAGAAGGAAGGGGAGAAGACGGAAAAGGAUGAGGAUGGGGAGGAAGGGAGGGGGGGAGGGGCAGCGGCGGUGGCAAGGCGGGUGGCGGGGGAUUUGAGGGGAAUCACGUUGGGGUCGGUGGGGGGGCUGGAGGAACAGAAGAAGGCUCUCAAGGAGGCUGUGCUGCUACCUCUCCGACACCCGGACCUCUUCCACAGGUAUGGGAUGCCCAGAGCUCUUCCACUGGUAUGGAGUACCCGGACCUCUUCCACAGGUAUGGGAUGCCUGGAGCUCUUCCCCAGGUACGGCAUCAAGCCGCCCCGCGGGAUAUUAUUGCACGGGCCGCCCGGCACUGGCAAGACGUCGCUGGCUCGGGCAGUGGCGGCGGAGGCUGGGGCGGCGUUGUUUGUCAUUAAUGGGCCGGAGCUUGUGAGCGAGUUCUUUGGGGAGAGCGAGGAGGCUCUUAACGAGGUGUUCUCUGCCGCCCAGGAAGCAGCCCCUUCUAUUGUGAACGGGCUGGACGCCACAGCCAGUGUCGCAAUCGUGAGCGAGUUCUUUGGGGAGAGCGAGGAGGCUCUUAACGAGGUCCUAGAUGCAAAGCACCUGUCUCACCGCAUGGUGGCGGCCCUUCUCACCAUCCUGGAUGCCGCCUCCUCUCCCGUACUCCCCUCCACACCCCUCCUCACCCUUCCUGACCCCUUCUACCCUCCUUCUCACCCUUCGUCACCGCACUGCACCCAGGUGUUCAUAGACGAGCUAGACGCCAUAGCCCCUGCCAGGACUCGAGAUGUGUUCAUAGACGAGCUAGACGCCAUAGCCCCAGCGAGAACCCGUGAUGCAGAGGACCUCUCUCACCGCAUGGUGGCGGCUCUUCUCACCAUCCUUGAUGGCACCUCCUCAAGUGGUGGAGAUGGGGGGGGGGGACAAGGCGAGGGAAGAGGGGGCGGAAGAGGAGAAGGGGAUGGAGGGGUGGGAGGGAAGGGAAGGAAGGCGGUGGCGUUGGGGAGAGGGGUGGUGGUGAUUGGGGCGACCAACCGAGUGAAUGCGAUCGAUCCCGCUCUCAGGCGGCCUGGGAGGUUCGAUCGAGAGGUGGAGAUCGGCAUCCCCACUCCUUCCGACCGCCUCGCAAUCCUCAGCACCCAACUAUCCUGCAUGGCGCACGCGCUGCCGCCCGAGGCCGUCCACCUCAUCGCCAGCUCAGCAACGCACGGAUUCGUGGGCGCUGACAUCAGCGCGCUCUGCUCUGAAGCUGCCGUGGCAGCCCUGCGACGAAUCGUGGGGGAGAAGGAGAGGCAGAGAGGGGCAAGACAAGGGGAGGAGGACCAGGAGGAGGGUAGAGAGGAGGGUAGGGAAAAGGAGCAGGGCUGUUCUGCGGAUAGUGGGGUUGCAAGCGGUGCAGAAGGCUCGUGUGCGGUGCAGCUGGCGGUGUGCGAGGAGGACUUUGAAGUGGCCAGGCGAUGCAUCCGGCCCAGCGCCCUCAGAGAGCUGGCAGUGUGUGAGGAGGACUUUGAACUAGGAGACGCAUUCGACCUAACGCUCUCAGAGAGGUGCAUGGGGCAGGGGAGGGGAGGUGGGGCAGAUGGGGAGGUGUGGGUAGUGGCGGUGCUGCUGAAUGAUGGUUGCUCCCCUCCCAUAUGGUUGUUGCGGGUGGCAGUGGAGGUACCCACUGUACGGUGGAGCGAUAUCGGGGGACUCGAAGGGGAUAAAGCGAAGGCUCAAGGAGGCAGUGGAGUGGAGUGGACGUACCCCCGGGCACAUGGCUGUAUGUGUCUCUUCCGACCCCCCACACACACCCCCACCCAACAGAUGGCAGUGGAGGUACCCACUGUGCGGUGGAGCGAUAUCGGAGGACUCGAAGGGAUCAAGCAGCGGUUGAAGGAGGCAGUGGAGUGGCCGUACACGCGCGCACAUGAGAUGAGAGCCAUUGGCGCCACCCCUCCGCGUGGGCUGCUGCUCUACGGACCCCCGGGCUGCAGCAAGACGCUCUUAGCUAAGGCAGUAGCAACAGAAGCAAGGCUCAACUUUCUUGCAGUCAAGGGUCCCGAGCUGUUAUCCAAGUGGGUGGGCGAGUCCGAACGAGCUGUCCGAACCUUGUUCUCCCGAGCCAAGGCAGCAGCUCCGGCGAUCGUGUUCUUUGAUGAGAUAGAUGGGCUGGCAGUGGCGCGCAGCAAAGCAGGAGGAGGAGCAUCGGGAGGUGUUGGGGACAGAGUGAUGACUCAGCUGCUGCUGGAGAUGGAUGGUGAGUGGCUGUGCGUGGGUCCAAAAUGGGGGGGGGGGAGGAGCGUCGGGAGGUGUGGCAUGGGGGACAGAGUGAUGACUCAGCUGCUGCUGGAGAUGGAUGCCCUCACCCCAUCCACUCAAGUCACUGUAAUCGCAGCAACCAAUCGUCCAGACCUCUUAGACCGAGCCCUCCUGAGGCCCGGCCGCUUCGACCGCCUCCUUUUUGUCCCGCCGCCCGACCUUGCCGCCCGAGAGAAGAUAUUUGCGCUCUGCCUGCGCGGCACGCCGCUGCAUGCUGACGUGGACUCCUGCCAGCUCAGCUGCCAGCUGGCGGCACGGAGCGAGGGGUACACGGGCGCUGACAUCACUGCGAUUUGUCGAGAGGCCAAGCUGGCAGCGCUGGAGGUGAGCUGGCAGUGGAUGGGGAUGAGCUGGCAGUGGAUGGGGAUGAGCUGGCAAGUGCUGGGGAUGCUUAUUGAUAUCGGAUGGGAUGAGCUGGCAGUGGGUGGGGAUGAGCUGGCAGUGGGUGGGGAUGAGCUGGCAGUGGGUGGGGAUGAGUUGGCAGUGGGUGGGGAUGAGCUGGCAGUGGGUGGGGAUGAGCUGGCAGUGGAUGGGGAUGAGCUGGCAGUGGGUGGGGAUGAGCUGGCAGUGGAUGGGGAUGAGCUGGCAGUGGAUGGGGAUGAGCGGGUGUACACUUAG